AUGAACGACACAAAAGCAGUGUCGACGCCCUCUGCUGAUGAGACUGAGCACUGCAGGAGCAGAGUGCUGGAAACAGCCACUGAUCGUUCAGUUCGUUCUUCAAUCGGUUGUGUUUCUCUCAAAAGUGACUGGUCCAAAUUUGAUCCUCCGUUUUUCAGCGACAAACGCCCAGAAGACCCCACAGCAGCAGCUCUGCAGACGAGAGCUGAUCUGAGGGUUUUGGAUCAUACAUGUUUGAAGUCACAUGACUCAGGGGAGGAUGUGGAGGAUGUGGAGGAUGUGGAGGAGGAGGAGGUGGGGGAGAAGGAGGAGGUUGGGGAGGAGGAGGACCAGAGCCUGAUGAAACUCGGUUCAUGCGGAAACUUGGAGUCGUACCGGAGAAAACUCAAGAGGAGUUUGAAGCAGAGUUAUGAACCACAGAUGAGCAGACCUUAUGUAAAGCAACAGGUUUAUCAGGCAGAGGACACAUCCAAAGAAUCUACCUUUGAAGUCACAGAGGGCUUCAAAACCAGACCAGACCAGUCCAAUUCCAAGGUCUUCAUAACCAUACUAGGCAGAUCCACAUUUAAAGGUUCUCCCAAGGACAUCGAAGAGGUCUUCAGGUCCAGACCAGGCCUAUCUCCUCCUCACUUUAUCCUCACUCUCGGAGUAGCCGGAGCGGGGAAGAGUUCUCUGGUUCGCAGUGUGGUCCUGGACUGGUGCGAGGACAGAUGCCUCCAAGACGUCCACCUCCUGGUUCCUCUGACCUUCUCUCGUCUGAACCAGCUCCGGAACCAGAGCUGCUCGCUGCUGCAGCUGCUGUGGAGCUUCUGUCCCGGGCUGAAAGAGUCCCGUCUCACGGAUGUGUCCCAACUCAGGAUCCUCUUCAUCUUGGACGGGCUGGACGAGUGCAGACUACCCCUGGACUUCACACCACACGCACCACCAAAGGCGGACCUCCACACGCUCAUGCCCGUGCCCACGUUACUGGUGAGUCUUCUGGAGGGAGCUCUUCUGCCCGAGGCCCAAGUGUGGGUCACCAGCCGCCCGCCAGCCGCCUCACUGCCCGCCUCACUCGUCCACAGCGUGACCGAGCUGCACGGCUUCUCCCCGAGGCAGCAGGAGGAGCUCUCUGACUCACAGCAGGAGGAGCUCUCUAACUCACAGCAGGAGGAGGAGCUCUCUGACUCUCAGCAGGAGGAGGAGCUCUCUGACUCACAGCAGGAGGAGGAGCUCUCUGACUCACAGCAGGAGGAGCUCUCUGACUCACAGCAGGAGGAGCUCUCUGACUCACAGCAGGAGGAGGAGCUCUCUGACUCACAGCAGGAGGAGGAGCUCUCUGACGCACAGCAGGAGGAGCACUCUGACUCACAGCAGCAGGAGGAGCUCUCUGACUCACAGCAGCAGGAGGAGCUCUCUCACUCACAGCAGGAGGAGGAGCUCUCUGACUCACAGCAGCAGGAGGAGCUCUCUGACUCACAGCAGGAGGAGCUCUCUGACUCACAGCAGGAGGAGCUCUCUGACUCACAGCAGCAGGGUCUAAGUCGCCUCCCACUGAUCCACUCCAUCGCUGCUCGGUUGUCCAAAGAACGCGGCUCCAGACCCACACAGACCCAGACGCUGGUCCACCUCCUCUCGUAUCUCAUGAUGAAGAUGCAGCACUCGUACUCGCUGACCCAGAGCAGAGUCCAUGAGAUCGUGCUUUCGCUGAGCACCCUGGCCUCACAGCUGAAGGGUCCAGACUCACAGCACAACAGAGAAGGUCUCGGUCAGCACACGUUCUGUGAGGAGCAUUUGAAGCGGUUUGGCGUGUCUCAGCUCGAAGCCUUGGUCUGGUCCGGUCUCUGUGUGGAGGUGGACUCUGGGAGGUCCGGACCCUGUUGCUGUGAGUGUGGGAGGAAAGCACCGCUCUACGAGUUUGUGGACGAGUCUUUGCGCCGCUUCCUCUCCACACUCUCCUCUCGCUUGUCUCAGGACAAAGGCCCAAACAGCUCCAAGAAGCUGCUGCAGUGUUUGAGGGAGAUGGACCAAGAGGAGACUCGUCGCUCCACAGACCUGACUCUCACAUCUCCAUGGCCACAAAGGGUCACCGCGCUCUCCUCGUGGAACUACAAGAACCCGUGA